AUGUCAUCUCCAAGUGCUGGUAAACGACGAAUGGAUACGGAUGUGAUAAAGUUGAUCGAAAGUAAGCAUGAAGUUACAAUCACUGGCGGAAUUAAUGAAUUUGCUGUGAAGUUUCAUGGUCCAAAAGGGACAGCUUACGAAGGAGGGGUAUGGCGUGUUCGCGUUGAUUUGCCGGAAAAGUAUCCCUUCAAGUCGCCAUCUAUUGGUUUCAUGAACCGCAUUUAUCAUCCAAAUAUCGAUGAAGCAUCGGGCACUGUUUGCCUUGAUGUAAUUAACCAAGCUUGGACUGCUCUAUAUGGUAAUUCGUUAUCCCUAGAUCUCGCAAACAUUUUCGAAUCAUUCUUGCCGCAGCUGCUAACGUAUCCUAAUCCAACAGAUCCACUGAACGGUGAUGCUGCUGCGCUAUAUCUGCAUAAGCCCGAGGAAUUCAAGAAAAAGUGCCGAGAAUAUGUGCUUAAAUAUGCUAGUGAGGAAGCUUUGAGGAGCUGUAUCAAUACAGAGGAAGUUAACAAGGAAUCUCAGAGCUCGUCGAGUGAAGAUGAAUCGAGUUCCACUAUUUCCGAUUUUACGGAAGACGAAACACAGGGGAUGGAACUAUAG